GUGCAAGUCUGCUCACCCUCCACAACUGUCCCAACUUCCACUGGAACUCAGUCUCAACUCUUCUUGGACAAGCCUCCAGCAUGUUAGACUGAGUACCUGAUGAGGUGCGGGCCAAACUUCUUGUUUCUUUCAUCCCAACGAUCGCAAGAGGCAGAAGAAGAGGAGGAGGCCUUCAAGCGGAGAAGAAGAUGCCUGCCGUGCCCUUGCCCGAGUUCCCCAUGUGGGCUAAGUUUGGCUACCGCUUCAUCGUGAAUAACUUCGUGACUUUGUUUCUGGUCGGGUCCAUGACAGCCGUGGGUUGGGAGCUUCUCCAGCUCGGCCCCGACGACAUCAUGGCCUUAUGGCGAUCCCUCCAGGAAAAGCCCAUCGAGACUCUCUCUGCAGUCUUCUUGGUGUCCUUCGUCGCCGCCCUGUACUUCAUGUCCCGUCCCCGGCCAGUGUACCUCGUCGACUAUGCUUGCUUCAAGCCGCCCUCCACAUGCCGCGUCCCGUUCGCCACCUUCAUGGAGCACACGCGGCUCAUCAACUCCGACAAAAAGAGCGUGCAGUUCCAGACGCGGAUUUUGGAGCGCUCCGGUCUCGGUGAGGAGACCUGCCUCCCCCCCGCGAACCACUACAUACCCCCCAACCCCACCAUGGAGGCGUCCCGCGCCGAGGCCCAGCUCGUCAUCUUCUCCGCCAUUGACGACCUGAUGAAGAAGACGGGCCUCAGGCCCAAGGACAUCGAUGUCCUCGUCGUCAACUGCAGCCUAUUCUCCCCGACGCCGUCCCUCUCCGCGAUGAUCAUCAACAAGUACAAGCUGAGGAGCAACGUCCGCAGCUUCAACCUCUCCGGGAUGGGCUGCAGCGCGGGGCUGAUCUCCAUCGACCUGGCGCGGGACCUGCUCCUGGUGCACCCCCGCGCCAACGCGCUCGUUGUCUCCACCGAGAUCAUCACCCCCAACUUCUAUGCCGGCAACCAGCGGUCGAUGCUCCUCCCCAACUGCCUCUUCCGCAUGGGCGCUGCUGCGAUCCUCCUGUCGAACCGCCGACGCGAGGCCGGCCGCGCGAAGUACCGGCUGGCGCACGUGGUCCGCACCCACAAGGGCGCGGACGACCGCGCGUACCGCUGCGUCUACGAGGAGGAGGACGCCGAGGGCCACUCCGGUAUCUCUCUCUCCAAGGACCUCAUGGCUAUCGCCGGGGAGGCGCUCAAGUCCAACAUCACCACCAUGGGGCCGCUGGUGCUCCCCAUGUCGGAGCAGCUCCUCUUCGCCCUCAACCUCGUCGGCCGAAAGCUCAUAAACCCAGAGUGGAAGCCCUACAUCCCCGACUUCAAGCAGGCCUUCGACCACUUCUGCAUCCACGCCGGCGGCCGCGCCGUCAUCGACGAGCUGCAGAAAAGCCUGCAACUGUCGGCGGAGCACGUGGAGGCCUCGCGCAUGACGCUGCACCGCUUCGGCAACACCUCCAGCAGCUCCCUCUGGUACGAGCUCAACUAUAUCGAGUCCAAGGGCCGGAUGCGGCGCGGCAACCGCGUGUGGCAGAUCGGCUUCGGCAGCGGCUUCAAGUGCAACAGCGCCGUCUGGAAGUGCCUGCGCACCAUCAAAGGUCCCGUCGAUGGUCCCUGGACCGACUGCAUCGACCGAUACCCCGUCGACAUCCCUGAGAUCGUAAAACUCUAACCGUGGAUCCAUUCCGCGGUGCUUCUCCAAUUCAUCACCACUACAAACACACACUUUCUUGUACUUCCUCCACCAUCAUCGACAGUAUCCUCCUGUAACACGACGCUUCGUGCAUGUCCAUGUUCUUGCGACAGAGAGAGAGUGUGUGUGUGGGUGAUACAGAGAGAGUGAAGCUGUACUCAUUGUGAUGCAUUAUGUUUGUUGAUUGCGACCGAUUCCAUCAAUAGACGAAUUGCUUUUGUCUGUAAGCA